AUGAUUUCUCAAGUCCAGGCCAUUGAUGGCAUCGAGCCUUUUUCCUCGGAUGAGUCAACAGAAAUCAAUAAACAAGCCGAUAACACCGUUGAGGAGCUAUCUAAGCUGAAGUCUCUGCACCAAUGGGACCCAAAUCUUUCUCAAGAGAAAAUUGAUGAAAUUAACGAGGCAGUUGACACAAAUGAUCAAGAAAAGGCCGCUGAAUUGGACAAGUCUUUUGUUCAGGAUUCACCUUACGAAUCCGUUCGUGCGGCCGUGCGGAACACCGACGGUGAGGAAGUUGCAAAUACCGUGCGAGCAUGGAUUCUAGGAAUGUUUUUUACAACGAUCGGCAGUGGGCUUAACAUGUUUUUGAGUAUGAGGAGCCCGGCCAUUUCAUUUCCAUCUAUCGUGGUGCAAUUGCUCGUCUACCCAAUAGGUUGCGCAUGGGCCAGAUAUAUGCCAACAAGAGUCUUCAAUACCUUUGGAGUCCAAUGGACCCUAAACACUGGUCCUUUUACUAUUAAAGAGCACACAGUCGUCACACUCAUGGCCAACGUGUCCAUCGGAUAUGCAUACUGCACAGAUGCUCUCUUGGCAUUGAAAGCUGAGCCCCUAUAUAAUCUCGAUAUUGGCUGGGGAUUCCAGCUGCUCUUUGCAUUGAGCAGUCAAAUAAUUGGUAUCGCCCUAGCUGGAAUUUUUCGUCGCUUCCUUGUCUGGCCGGCGGCUAUGGUGUGGCCGACGCAAUUUGCAAACACUACUUUGUUCUAUGCUCUACAUGACAAAAGUGCUUCCGAUCCAUCCCAAACCAACGGAUGGACUAUCUCACGCUACCGCUACUUUAUGUAUGUCAUGGGUGGGAUGUUUGUCUACUACUGGAUCCCCGGUGUGCUCUGGCAGGGGCUUUCAGUGUUUGCUUUCAUAACCUGGAUCAAGCCAAAUAAUGUUGUUUUGAAUCAACUGUUUGGCGGAUUUACUGGACUUUCGCUCAUCCCGAUUACUUUUGAUUGGACAUAUGUUUCUGCCUACCUUCUUGACCCAUUGCUCUCACCUGUUCACUCCUUGGUCAAUACCAUGAUUGGACUAGUGGUUUUCAUGCUUCUUACAACAAUUGGAAUUGCUUAUACUGGAGCUCUGUACUCCGAAUAUCUCCCGAUCAACACAUCCUCCACCUACGACAAUCAACAGCAAGCCUACGAUGUGACCAAGAUUCUGGGGCCAGAUUUCUCAUUUGAUGAACAGAAAUAUAAAGCAUACUCGCCAAUGUUUCUGGCGCCGACAUUUGCGCUCAAUUACGGCCUUUCAUUUGCCGCACUCACAGCAGCGAUCGUUCACAUAGUUCUUUUCCACCGAAAGGAGAUCUGGCAUCGAUUCAAAUUUUCUCGGAACCAAGAGCCUGACAUUCAUAUGACACUAAUGAAAAAGUACCAGGAAGUCCCUGAAUUUUGGUAUGCGGGACUUUUCAUCGUCUCAAUUGCACUAGGACUGGGCUGCAUCUUGGGCUACGACUCCCAGCUCCCCUGGUGGGCAUAUUUCGUGUCCCUGAUAAUUGCAGUUGUAUUCAUUAUUCCGACUUGCAUGAUUUUAGCAAUUACAAACAUUCAGCUCUCACUGAAUGUCAUAUCUCCCUUCUUAGCUGGCUUCAUGAUUCCCGGGAAACCGAUCGGAGUCAUGGUCUUCAAAGUUUUCAGCACAAUCACUCUUGGCCAAGCGCAAACAUAUUGCUCGGAUCUCAAGCUGGCGCACUACAUGAAGGUGCCUCCUCGAGUCACAUUCAUGUGUCAAGUUGUUGCCACAAUAUGGGCAUGUUUUGUACAGAUUGCGGUCAUGAAUUGGACCUUAGGAAACAUCGAAGGCGUUUGCAAUUCUGAACAAUCAGCGCAUUUCACUUGCCCGAACGGAAGGGCUUUCUUCUCAUCUAGCAUCGUUUGGGGGGCUAUUGGUCCAAAUCGCAUGUUUGGACCCGGUGCGAUUUACACACAGUUCCAAUGGUUCUGGCUUAUCGGAGCCCUUCUACCUGUUACAUUUUAUGUUUUGAUGCGAGUUUUCCCUCGGUCAAAGGCCCGCUUCCUCAAUGCACCAGUUAUGCUGGGUGCGAUGGCCUGGCUGCCUCCUGCCACACCCUUGAGCUAUUCUUCCUGGGCUAUGUUCGGUCUCAUCUUCAACUACUGGAUCCGACGUCGGUGGAGUGGCUGGUGGCAUAACUAUAACUACAUCACAGCUGCAGGUUUGGAUACUGGCCUUAUCCUAUCGACAAUCGUCAUUUUUUUCGCGAUUACGCUCCCUGGUGUCUCCAUCCCAGCAUGGUGGGGCAAUAUCGCUCCGUAUGAGACAAUGGAUUCUUUGUAUACGGCAAUUCAGAAGACAGUGUCAGAUGGAGAGACCUUUGGGCCAUUAACGUGGUGA